UUAGCUGCUCAGCCGAUAAAUCCAUCAAUGUUGAUCAUUAUUUUUGGCUGCUGAUCAGGCAAAAAAGUCCAACGUUAAAUGAUGAGUUUUAGCGGCUCAGCCAAAAUGUGCAGCGACGUUGAUUACAUUCAUCAAUAGGCAUCCAGAAGUGGCCGGCAACUGGAUGUCGCCCCGAGCACGGCAGUCUGCAUUUUUGAACUACAAAUACGGCAAACCUCAACACCCUGCCUGGAAAAUCAAAGAAGCAAAUUAAUUACUAAAUAUGGCUUCCACAGAAAACUACAAAGAAGACGACAAUGCAUGUCUCUAUGCCAUGCACUUGUCCACCUCUCACAUCUUUCCCAUGGCAUUGACCGCUGCUAUUGAGCUCAACCUGUUCGACAUAAUUGCUAGUCGGGCAAACCAGGAUGCUUACAUGUCGCCCUCUGAGAUUGCUUCUCAACUGCCAACAAAAAACCCAGAUGCCCCUUUUCUGCUUGAUCGCAUGCUCCGUUUACUUGCAACCUACUCACUUCUUACUUGCUCUAUGCGCACCUGCGAAGAUGGCAGGGUUGAGAGACUCUAUGGAGUAUCACCGGCUGGCAAAUUCUUUGCUCAAAAUGGAGAUGGCGGCCUCCUAAGUUCCAUGGCAUUACUUAAUUCUCACCCAAACGUAGCAGAGGUUUGGCGACAUCUUAAGGAUGCUAUUCUUGAAGAAGGUAAUCUAUAUGAAAAGGUCCAUGGGACGACCAAUAUCUUCGAAUACAUGGAAGCUGAUCCAACAUUAAACAAAAUUUUUAACAAGGCUAUGGCUGAUCUCUCCGGAAUAUCGAUGAAAAAAGUUCUUGAGACAUACAAAGGAUUUGAGGGAGUAUCAUUGCUGGUUGAUGUUGCUGGGUGUACUGGAGCAGAUCUCAACAUGAUCAUUUCCAAGUACCCUUCCAUUAGAGGCAUCAACUUUGAUUUGCCUCAUAUGAUACAACAUGCGCCAUCUUAUCCAGGUAUUGAGCAUGUUGGAGGAGAUAUGUAUGUAAGUGUUCCAACAGGUGACGCUAUUAUGAUAAAGGCUACAUGUCAUAACUGGAGUGAUGAACAUUGCAUAAAUUUUUUAAAGAACUGCAAUAAAGCACUACAACAAAAUGGAAAGGUGAUUAUCAUUGACCAUGUAAUGCCAGAUGCACCUGAGUCAACUGAUGGUGCUAAGUUUGUUUCUGCCACUGAUAAUAUCAUGCUUGUUAGCCUUGGAGGGAAGGAAAGAACUGCGAAGGAGUUCGAGGCCUUGAGCAAGAGUUCGGGAUUUUCGGGCUUUCAUGUUGACUGCCUUGUCUACAAUGUUUGGGGAGUCAUGGAACUUUACAAAUAAGUCUCCAAUUAUUCUGCUUCUAGUUUCCUAUAAAUGUUUGGUAUAAACAUAUGUGUCCUUGAAGUCUUGUAUCUGAUAGUAAUGCAUGGUGAUAACUUGAAUUUGAACUUUAAUAAGAUUCAAUUAUAAAAGAACAAAUGAAUAAAUAAAUUCUUGA